AUGAGCUAUCAGAGUCUCGGUGAUAACCAAGGUGGCUACGGCCAAUAUGACCCCUAUGGCGCGCAACAGAACCCCUACGCCCAGCAGCAACAAAGCUACGGAUACGGUGGCGCUGCCGAGCAGGGCAAUGGCGGAUAUGAAAUGUCCAACAUGCAGCAGCAAUCCGGCGGUGGCCCCACAGCCAUCCUGAACAAGUGCAAGGAAAUGAACGACGGCAUUAACCAGCUCCGCACCAAGCGCGAAACCUCCCUCGUCCCCGCCCAAAACACCCUCCUCGACAGCGCAACCAGCAAGGAAGACCAAGUCGCGCGCCAAAAUGUCGACUACAUUGAAGACGAGAUCAACACCGCCCUGCGCUACCUGCGCGAUCAGUUCAAGCGCAUCAAGGAGACCCCCGGCUCUGGUGACCAGCGCGUCUCCGGCCAGGUCGAGAACGUGAACCGUAACCUCCGCCGCGAGAUCGAGCAGUACCAGCGCACCCAGUCGGAUUUCCGGAAGCGCUUGGAAGAGCAGAUUCGCCGACGUUACGAGAUUGCCAACCCUGAAGCCACCCCCGAGGAAUUGGAGCAAGGUGUACAGAAUGUGAUGGCUGGACAAGAACAAGCUUUUAUGACCCCCGGAACCCGAUCCCGCCAGGCCAACGAUGCCCGCCAAGCGACUAUGGAGCGAUCCGCCGCGAUCCGCAAGAUCGAGCAGGACAUGAUCGCACUCGGCCAGCUGUACCAGGAGGUUGCGGAGCUCGUGCACCAGCAGGAGCCGGCCGUUACGCAGAUUGAGCAGGGCGCCGAGGAGACACACCGCAAUGUGCAGGCGGCCAACACCAAGUUGGACAGCGCUAUUACCAGUGCCCGUAAUGCUCGCAAGUGGAAGUGGUAUGCGUUGAUCAUCGUUAGUAAGUAG